AGGGUGCAACCUGAGAGUGACGUGUCACCUUUUCUUUAUUGUGUUUCCAUCAUCAUUUAUAAUUAUAUAUAUUAUAUAAAUAUUUACCUGUCAGCAUGUCAGGACACAGUGAAACCAGAAGCUCACAAACAACGAGCAGAGUCUCCUGUGUGAAAGUUUUAAAGCUUUAUCGUGCCAUGACCCGAAAGAAGCCUCUGGAGCCAGAAGGCGAAGAGUCCACGUUCUGCAGAUGCCUGACCACCCUGGACCUCGUGGGUCUAGGUGUGGGCAGCACCCUCGGAGCUGGAGUUUACGUGCUGUCAGGGGAGGUGGCGAGGGAGGUGGCUGGUCCGAGCAUCAUCCUGUCCUUCCUGGUAGCAGCUGUGGCUUCCGUCUUUGCAGGGUUGUGUUACGCAGAGUUUGGAGCUCGAGUGCCCAAGACGGGCUCGGCCUACCUGUACACGUACGUGACGGUGGGCGAAGUGUGGGCCUUUGUCACAGGUUGGAACCUGUUACUGUCCUACGUCAUUGGAACAUCCAGUGUUGCGAAAGCUUGGACCGGGACUUUCGAUGACCUACUGGAUAACGUUGUUGGAAAAACCCUUGAGGAACAUACGAUGAUGGACUCUCCUGGCUUGGCCUCGUACCCAGACUUCUUUGCUGCUGCACUCAUCAUGUUGCUCGCUGGAAUACUUGCAUACGGUGUGAGGGAAUCUUCAGUCGUGAAUACCAUUUUUACUGCCGUUAAUGUGGCGGUGCUGCUUUUUAUCAUCAUCUGUGGUUUCAUCAAAGGAGACGUCAACAACUGGCACGUUACUAAAAAAGAUAUCCUCAAUGUUACUCAGCAAAUUAAGAACCACACAGCAGCCCAUAAUCAAACUGUGGACUUUGGUGUUGGCGGGUUCUUUCCCUUCGGUUGGGAAGGAACUCUGGCAGGAGCCGCGACCUGUUUCUAUGCUUUUGUUGGGUUUGACUGCAUCGCAACAACAGGCGAGGAAGUACAGAAUCCACAGAAAUCAAUACCUCUUGGGAUUGUGGCAUCACUGAUCAUCUGCUUCUUGGCCUAUUUUGGUGUCUCAGCUGCUCUGACACUAAUGAUGCCCUAUUAUCUUCUUGAUGUCAGAAGUCCACUGCCAGUAGCUUUUGAAUACAUAGGCUGGGAACCAGCAAAGUAUGCUGUGGGUCUAGGAUCUCUGUGUGCCCUCUCAACAAGUCUCCUUGGGGUGAUGUUUCCGAUGCCCCGGGUGAUGUUUGCGAUGGCCAGAGAUGGUCUACUGUUCAAGCCAUUACGCUACAUGAGCUCCAGACAAAGUCCAGUUUUAGCCACACUGUCUGCAGGAGCUGCAGCUGCUUUCAUGGUCCUCCUGUUUGACCUAAAGGCGUUGGUUGAUCUGAGCUCAAUUGGGACCAUUUUUGCAUACUCACUUGUAGCGGUGUGUAUACUUUUACUGAGGUACAAAGAAGAUGCCAACUUUGUUCACAGACCAGAACCAUUCUCAAUAAUUGGGCUCUUUAGGCCCCCAGAUCAACCAACACGCCGCACCUCUAAAAAUGUCAACAUAGCCACGGUUGUCAUGUUGGUCUUGGUGAUUGUUUUGAGUGUGCUACUUAGCGAAGCCAUGGAUUGCCUUCGCAGACGUGAGAUCUGGAGUAUCCUGGUGGUCUUUGUCCUUGUGCUGAUACUGGUAUUCACCGUCAUCAUCAUCUGGAGACAGCCACAGAGCACAACUCAAGCUACUUUCAUGGUCCCUGGUGUACCUGUGGUUCCAGUAUUAAGUGUCUUCAUUAACACGUACCUGAUGGUUCAACUGGGUUCCACAACAUGGAUCAGUUAUUCUGUUUGGAUGGCAGUUGGACUGGUCAUAUACUUUGGCUAUGGAAUUCGUCACAGUGUCCAAAAACGAAGACUUCAGGAGAUGCAUACUCAGAUCAAUGUCGUUAAUGUAAAUCUCAAUGUUGUUGAUUCUGCUGCUUGA